AUGCGUCACAAAUGUCGGAUGCAGACGCUGCACGCUGCAUCUGCAUCCUACAGUUGUGACGUGGCAGAUGAAUGCUGCAACUUCAUCCAGCAUUUCCAUCUCCAGUUGACUUAUGACUCUGAUCCAUGUACUUUUCUCUUACAGGAAAGAGAUAUCAAAGAACAUAUUGAGACAUCGGAUUAUGUGACUGAAGGAUUCAACUACAUCAAGCUCAGUUUGCCAGUUUGCCCAGUGUCUGUUGAAAAGGCCGGUUAUGUAGAGGAUGUAGAGUGCGGCAAUACCCUGUUUGUACAGGAAGAGAUCAGACCAGUCCCUCUGCUGAUUCCUACAGACAUAAGAUGUGAUGGCUUGCGUUGUCCAAUUCCAUCUAUAGAGAGUCAGCUCACUAACCGAGAGCCAGAGCUGAGUAGUGCCAUCAUUCAGGAGUUCCAGCUAAUUGUGCCUUAUAUUGAGACCCUCAUCAGCGAUACUGAGAAUGGCACUAGUGUGAAAGGAAUCAUUUUGGGCUUCUUGUUACCAGAAAUCUUUGCCUUUCUACUGGAAUUCUGUUAUGGACACUGGUCCAGCAGAAAGAAGGCAGAAAAGGAAAAAGAUGAGGCCCCUUCUGAGAGAGAGAAGGAAGGGCCACAACGUCCUGCUCUAACCCAUGAUAACAUGGAGGAAGAAUUUGGAGGCACUAAGAAAAAGAAAAAACAACGCCACUCUGAGACUCAUGAUCACCAAGGCUCAGAGAAACCAAAGAGCAGUGAAAGAAUAACGGCAGAAGAGGAAACGGAAUUAAAGCAGCUUUUGCAACAGUUCAUCUGCCAAUGCUUGGAAGGAGAUUUCUAAGGAGAAGACAUAAGGAGAAGUGGGUUGGAGGGAGGAAAAAACUUCUCCAGAUUUAACAUUUUUCAUACAGAAUGAAUUUUUUAU